AUAAGGUGAGGACAGCGGCAGAGGCUGCUCCUCUGGCAGAUGAGUAUUUGUUGACGCACUGUGGUGACCUUGAGGGCUCAGGAUGAUAAUUUUUAAAGGGGCAGUAAUUUUCUCCCAGAAGGUAAAGGGAUUCGGUCCUCGCCGUGGUAAGCCACAAAGGGCCACACAGAGUCAGCUGCAGUUUGACCUGAGCAAAGUAUGUAAUUAUUGCAGAGGACAUUGGAAAUCCUGUGCUAAGUCCAGUGCUAAAGGUGGGGUUGGUGGUGUGCAUGUCAAGCCUGUCAUACUUGCUGUUCCUGUCAGAAAGGUCAGUCCAGUCAUUUCUCAAUGUGUCGGUUCUCCCUGUGUUAUUUCUCCCUGUGAGAAGAUGGAACCUGGAGUCGAUUACGUCCUGGAGCAGUCUGAUUUCUCAGCUUUUGUGUCUAAUGGCCAUGUGUCACUGGUGAGGAGUGAUGUGAGGGUACCUGUAAAAAUCCUGAGAGAUACUGGAGCCUUUAAUUCAUUCAUUGUGAGUUCUGUGCUGCCGUUUUCUCAGGUAUCUGAUACUGAUUACAUUCUGAUGCGGGGAAUGGGUUUGAAUGUGUUGCCUUUUCCAGUGCAUAAAUUGGAGCUUAACUGUGGUUUGGCCAAUAAAGGGGCAUGGAUGUCAUUCUGGGGAAUGACUUGGCAGGUAGCCGUGUGUGGGCUGAUGGUCCACCUUCUCCUGUAGUAACAUCUUCUCCCUCUGUUACAGAGAUAACAGAUGAGUGUGCAUUGUUAACCUGGUGUUUUCACGUGCUGUGUGCUGUGGGGAAGAGGAACCUGAAGUUGAGUGGAAUAGCACAGGGGAGAGUGAGGCUUCUCUUUGCCAUGUUAAUCUGUUGAAACCCUACUAUACUCGUGGGGCCCAGUUUUGUGCAACGGGGGAGUAUGCUACAGCAGACGGUUAAACCGUUACUGUGGGAAGGCACUUGUCUGAUGAUUUACCUGUGCCUGAGGAUGAUGUGGUGGUUUUACCUGAUGAGAGCCUAUUGCGCAGCCACUCAAUUUCAGUAUUGCUGUGUAGCAUGGGGAGUCCUUGCACCAAACAAGGUCAGACAACUGGCUGAGGUGAGUGCUGGGCUUUUUAUGCUGGCUGUGAUUAGGAGCUGAUGGGGAGCAGGUGUGCGUCAUUGGCAGACGGCAGAACCUGGCAUAUCCGUGACAGUAUAGAGUAUAUCACUCCCUAGCGAUUUUAGUUUCUACACCUGUGAUCGAUGGUAGAUACAGAUGUUGUAUCACAAGUUAAUCUGACUAACUAAUCUAACUCCACGCUGUGUUCGAGCUGGGUGUAAACAUGCGCUCCAGACUGUUUCACUUAGGCAAGUACAAACACAUUAAAAAUGAUCAUGACACAAAUAUGAGCCCGGCAACAAGAACAUUUGGAUGUUAACGAUUUGUUUUUGGUGAGUCUAAAUGAUGAUUGGUAAAAAAUGCAGCUGGUAUUUCUGCUGUACACAUCUGCCUCACACUCGGAAAUAUCGCCAGUUAAUUCACUACAAGUUAAACUGGAACACUGGCUACACUGAAAGGAGAAGUGAAAAGCUGGCCAUCAGAGAGAAGGGGAGACGCCAUAUUGUUUAAAUAUGGGGAUAAAGCAUGCAUGUAUAAUAAGAACUAGAUACGGUGCCGCCACUUAGCCUUGCUUUCAAUUUUUUCCAGUGGUCACCCAUGGUAUUGCAACAUAAAAACUUAAAAAAUCAUUCAAAAUAGUAAUAAACAGCCAAGAGUCUUCAGUUUCAAGAGUUAGUCAGUUGCACCUCCAUAAUUACACCAUAAGUAUUAAAAAACUUAUUUUAAAAUUUAAUUGAUCUUGCUGUUAUUCAGUCAAAAACUCUACAGCAUUACAUUUUCAGAAAAAUAACAUUGUCUCGUACUCCAAGAGGCUAAAUGUUUACGUCAGCACUCAUAUUCCUGAAAGCUUUUAUGUAGUCAGUUUGAGCAACAAGAUAAGCAACAAAAAACACCCCGCCUCUCUGCAUUGAGAGCACCCUUCCUGGGGCAGACUCAAUUACGGACAUUGCAGAGCUUCAAUCACACGCACAAUGAUGAACUUUACCUUGAUAACAGCUUUCAUUCUCUGCAGCCUCAGCUGGAUCUCUGUCUCAGUUUCUGAGUCUCAGACUGUGGAGGUUCAGUCUGGUGAAGAAGUCACACUGCUGUGCUCCAACAUUUCCAAAUAUGACACUGUAACAUUCUGGUUCAGACUUGUCCAGAGAACCAAGAUCAGCUGUAUCUCUGUCAUGAUCAGGUCUAACAGCAAUGCUUCAGCCUGUGAUGGAUAUAAAAAUGGUAAAUUUGAAAUGAGAUCUAACACCUCUACUCUCUUUCUCAAAAUCAAACAAGUGGAUUUAUCUGACGCUGGACUGUAUUUCUGUGGAUUUUAUGCUGAUGCACGUCCAAUUUUCAGUGUAAUACAUUUAAACAUUAGAGGCAGCGAUGAGCCACAUGAUGACGUGGACAGCAAGUGUAAAAAAGAGUCUGACGGAAUAGCAAAGCUGACGAGUGUGAUCCUGGGCGGUCUGACUGUUUUCCUCGUAAUGGUCAUCAUUGGUCUGGUUGUUAAAAACAGGAAACUUCAGACAGCUGAUGAAGAAGAACAGAAUCCAGAGCAAAGUGAGAAUGUGGGCUCUGAUGACCUGAACUACGCAGCAGUGACAUUUCGACCAAAAGCAAAAAGAAGAGAGCUGGAGCCAAAUGUUACUUAUGCUGCCACCAGAUAGACUCAGGAGGCAACUAGAACUGAUGAUAUUAAUAUGCUUUGGGCUUUUGUAUGGCUUGUUGGUGAGAGCAAUAACCACUCGUGCAAAAACAUUUGAUUUUGUAAUAAAGAUCCAAUGUUCAUUCA